CGGAAGAAACUUAUAACCUAAAGUCAUCAGGAUGUUUGCGUUUCGUGGCAGGGUAAAUUCCCCAUACAAUUCUCCUAAUCUCUCGACCGCAACGAGGUCGCCCGUAGGAUUCGCGAACGAGUACCAUAAAUACGGCAGAAACGGUCAUUUCGAGUCCAUUCUUCGCGUUCGACUCGUCGUGCAACGACGAAACAGUGUUCGUGGUCGGUUGUUACAACAGGGUGUUUUCGAAAUCGUAGUACAACAGGAAAGGGGGUCGAAAAUAUCGCCUGAUAUAAAAGAAUGACGAGAUCCCUCCUUACGCUAGCGCUCUUAUCAGCGGUGGCAUGCAAUAUCGAUGCGACGAAGAUAAAGGACACUUCUAUGGAAAGCAUAAACGAUGAAGCGACACCGACGUUCAAUCUGAAUGUGCGUUGUUCGGGGAAACAUGGAAGACGUGGAUCGUGGCAAGACGCCAUUUGUUUCGAAAUCGAUGACCAUACCUCGCGAGAGGCUACUAAAUCGCUGAAACUCACACCUUUUACAGCGAACAGAUACGUGGACCCAAGUGGCAAACAAUCGCAAUAUGAUAGCUGGAAUCUGGCAAAGAGAAUAGGAGCCGAGCACGUAGGACGUCGUAUCCUGAAUCCUACCAUACCAAGAUCGGUAGAGUUCCGCAAACUACUGGAAAGAGACGAUCGUUUCGCAUCGUUUAAUUCGAAGGAAUGUUGCUAUCAUCGACAAUUAGGCUUGGAAAAACAAAAUCCAUUCUACGUGGAGGAACCAACAUGGGUCGAAAUUGAUAAUGAUCGCAAGGAGAAGCAUUCGCGUCAUAGCCGUUUGGAGACGAUCGAUCCAUUUAUCAUUUCUCGGGGAAAGAAGUUUCACGAAAAAUUAAGAAAUAUCGCGAGCGAUUCGAAGAGAGGAGAAUCGCCGAUCGAGUACGAAGAUCCGAACGUUAUCCUGGCGGACGAUCAGAAAACGAUCGAGUCAACGACGGAAGAUGGAAGAUCGACGUAUGCGAAUUCGCGACUCGAAAAAAACAAAAAUAACGACAACUACGACGACGGUGGUGAUAACGAUGAAGAAGAGGAAAAUCUGAAAAGGACGGAUGACAAAUGUAUCGACCAUUUACGAUCAAAUAACUAUGAGAAUUCGUUGUUUGCCACGCGAAGGAAAAGGGCGUACGACGAGCGAAAGAUAUAUUCGAAAAACGAGGAAAAGAGCGGGAGAUUCGAAAAAGUGGAGUCAACGUUUAACAAACAGAAAGACAUGCGUGGAGCGGAUUUUAGAAAAAUACCGGCGACGUAUCGUUCGAAAGACGAAAUAGUCUCACGUCCGAUUUACACGCCUCGACUGACGACAUUUCACAUGCCGAUCGAAUUGGCUCGCGUUUCGAGGAACGCGAUUGGCGAAAAGGGUAAUUCUGUUUUAUUUCACGUUCGAAUGAAACGCGACUCGAACACGGCAAACAGUGCCUCCGCCGUCGUAAAGAAUAUUGUGGUCGAAUCUACGUACCGACCAAAUUGGCGGUACAGACAUGUUCGUAAAACGAUGCCGACUAUCUUGGCUUAUCUCGAAAGAGAGCGAAGGGGUAGUGUCGGUUAUGACAUGCUGGAUAGCAUACUCAGGCAACCUUACUUCAUUUCCAAAGGUAAAAGAACUAAUAAUUGGCACGACGAAAAGAUAUUAUCCGAACGAUUAGAAUCGAAAGAAUUCGAAUCGAUGAUAGAUAGCUUCGUGGAUAGAGGAAAGUUGAGGGAAGAUUUGAAAUGCGAUUCGAAUACAUGCAAGGAUCGUUUUAGCGAAAGAGAAAGGAGAACAAAGAAACUCCAAGAUCACCUUCAAGAGGUAAAAACGAAGGGAAUUGUUAAAGACUUAUUAUCCAAGUUUGAUCCCUUUUAUGCGUCCAGAGGUAAAAGAGUGUUGUUACCAUCACUGAACGAAUCAUUCUGAUUAAACGCUAAUUGUUCUUACUUAAAGUGUUUCUCAAAAAAUUAAGAUCUUUUUGGCAACGAACUGGUUGGUGUUUCGCGAUCGUUUCCAAUUAGAGCGAAGCGAAACGCUUGUUUUACGAUUGAAAAUUUCAGUUUGUCUAAAAGAAUGUCUUCAUAUGUAUCGUUUAGGCUUAUGAAUUUGAAAGAUUUCGUGUGGCGAAAUGUAAUUUUUCUCGUUUGAACGUUCGUAGUUGAUUGUCAUUCGAAUAAUGUUAAAUUACAUCAAAUUGGACGUAUUGUACGAAUGUAUAUAUAACAUUUCACCGGAAUCUUUACGUUUGCGAGCAAAGGAAACGCUAAAGCGAAUACACCUACAAACAAAGAAUGUUAAACGUUCCGAAGAAACGUAUUGACCGAAUAAAUCUACCGACUGGACUUAAUAGCACCGUGUUACUCGUUUAACCAUAAUUUUAAGCAAGUUAUUUUGCUUUAUCAUCACAAUUAUACUCUUACCUAAUGCUUACGUAUUUUAUGAAGAUCAUUUCACUCGCGCCUGUAUACAACAUCUGUAUCUACUUGAAUCGCUAUACUUAAUAUUCCUAAAAACGAAUGAUCAGACCUUGGCCUUGUUUGUUCUUCAAAAAUCGCGCGAUCCGAGUAAAU